GUAUUAAGGGGGAGAAGUCGUCAAGAUUAACCGAUUCAUCCUCCUCAGCUUCGUCAUAAUUCUCUUCUUUCUCUGAUAAUCAACUACUUUCGCGAUUCAUCUGCAGCAAUCGGCAUCCAAUUUUGUCCGCUGGAAAUCCACGCAAAUUUCAGUUAACUGCGAUCAAUUCCGCGAAGAUAUUUGUUUCGAUUGGAGUGAGUUGGAAGGUAUUCAGUAUUCUAGUGUGAAAUGUACUUGGAGAAAUGAUGGUGGGGACGAAGAAAGUAGGGAAGUAUGAGCUCGGACGGACCAUUGGGGAAGGAACAUUCGCCAAGGUUAAGUAUGCGCGGAAUAUGGAGACUGGAGAGAGUGUGGCCGUGAAAAUUUUGGCCAAAAGCACCAUUCUUAAGCACAGAAUGGUUGAUCAGAUUAAAAGAGAGAUAUCCAUAAUGAAAAUUGUAAGACAUCCUAACAUUGUUAGGUUGCAUGAGGUUUUGGCAAGCAGGACGAAGAUAUAUAUUAUUCUAGAGUUUGUGAGUGGAGGGGAACUCUUUGAUAAAAUCGUUCACCAACAAAAACUUCCUGAGAAUGAAUGUAGGGGAUACUUUCAACAGCUCAUAGAUGCUGUUGCUCAUUGUCACAGUAAAGGUGUAUACCACAGAGAUCUGAAGCCUGAAAAUCUUCUUCUUGAUUCUUAUGGCAAUUUGAAGGUUUCUGACUUUGGUCUGAGUGCACUGGCCCGGCAGGGGGUUGGACUUCUCCAAACCACAUGUGGAACCCCAAAUUAUGUUGCUCCAGAGGUACUUGGAAACCAGGGUUAUGAUGGUGCAGCUGCUGAUGUUUGGUCAUGUGGAGUUGUUCUCUUUGUUAUAAUGGCUGGGUAUCUCCCAUUUAAUGAUACUGAUCUUCCAACUUUGUACAAAAAGAUAAAUGCUGCAGAAUAUUCUUGUCCCAUUUGGUUUUCUCCAGGAGCAAGAUCAUUGAUACAAAAGAUCCUCGAUCCCAAUCCCCAAACACGUAUUCAAAUUGAUGGAAUUAGAAAAGACACAUGGUUUUGCAAACAUUAUGUGCCUGUCAGACAUAAAGAAGAACAAGAAGUGAAUUUGGAUGAUGUCUGUGCGGUUUUUGAUGACAUUGAGGAUAAAUAUGUUGCUGAGCAGUCUGAAAAUAAUGAGGGAGGUCCUCUAAUAAUGAACGCAUUUGAGAUGAUAACCCUAUCGCAGGGGUUGAAUCUAUCAGCAUUGUUUGAUAGGCAACAGGAUUUUAUAAAACGACAAACUCGUUUUGUAUCACAGAAACCUGCAAAAGUUAUAAUCUCAUCAAUUGAAGCUGUUGCAGAAUCAAUGGGUCUCAAAGUGCAUACACGUAAUUACAAGACAAGGCUUGAAGGGACAUCUGCAAUUAGGGCUGGACAAUUUGCAGUUGUACUGGAGGUUUAUGAAGUUGCACCCUCCUUUUUCAUGGUAGAUGUUCGAAAGGCUACAGGAGAUACUCUUGAAUAUCACAAGUUCUACAAGAAUUUCUGUUUGAAGCUAGAUAAUAUUAUAUGGAAACCGACAGGACGUCUUGCCAAUCCUAAUCUGCUUAGAACUAUGACUUGCUGAUCUUUUCCUGGAUAUGAUGCAAAUCAGCUCGCAGAUGAUGUUCCUCUGGUAAACCUAAUAUAAUUUUGUCUUUGGUUUUUGCUCUUCUUUUUUCCAAUUUCUUCUUCCGAGACUUGAUAAAGUCCUUUACUCUUGUAUUUAUAUAAUUUUGUAACACAAAGAAAUCACAAGUUCAUAAGAUGAUUUUAUCAAGUGUGAUAGGGAGAAAGUGAAAAAAAAAAAGUGUGAUAUGGGGAAAUGAAGAUCAUUCCGUAUAGCAAUAUCCCCUUUCCAGAUUGUUAACAAUUUGUUUACUACAUCCUUUGCCUGUCUGCUGUUACUGUUAUAGAUAUGGCUGCAUCUUUUUGCUUAGAGGUUCAGCAUAAUUUCCAUUUGCCUCACCCCAAUUAAGGCUACAGUAAGCAAGAGGACAAAUAAACGAAAAAAAGGACUCGAGCGAGCAGAGAGCCAGAAACUGAUCCAAGGCUAUUAUUAGCCCAGCAGGGCUACCCUCUAGCCAUGUGGGUUGCAUUCUACCCGCAGGCCACAUUUAAUAGCCUUCUGAAUCCUGAUUUUUAUUUUUUUUUUAUGCGCGUGAUGAUAUAAGAUCAAGUUAGAGUUAUGGAGUUUAUCCGUAUUGUAUUGCAUAACUGAAUUUAUUAAAUAGAAAGGGAUAUU